UAAAAAAAAUAAAAAAAUAAAUGGGCAGCCAAUAGCUCCCCUUAGUACAGUUGUGAGGAUCAAAAGAUUUUACGUUUUUAUACUCGAACCCAGUCAGUGCUCCCAUGUCCAUCCAGCAUUUAAGAUCUUCCACCUACUAAGCAAGCUCUAGGUUCUUAGCUCCCCCAAAGCACUACCAAGGACCGCCCUCCCCGCCCAAGGAUAACAUCAUCAACCCAGGUCUCUAGUGAUGUCAUCUCCGGGCCUGUUCUGCUUCAUCCUCCGGAAACCUACAACUCCAGGCACCCGGUCUCCAGCCUUCGGUUAUUUUUUUCUCUCCAUAGCCCGAAUUCCUUCUUUCCCAUUCUCCCACCUAAAACUUUCGACUCUUCCCGCCUUCCCUCAAGGAACUAUGGAGGCCGCGCCCGGGACCCCCCCGCCGCCGCCAUCAGAGUCGCUGCCGCCGCCAUCGCCACCACCGCCAUCAACGCCUUCGCCUCCUCCGUGUUCCCCCGACGCCUGCCUGGCCACCCCGCACCUCCUCCACCACCGCCUCCCGCUCCCUGACGACAGGGAAGAUGGGGAGUUGGAAGAAGGCGAACUGGAGGAUGACGGGGCCGAGGAGACCCAGGACGCCUCCGGAGGCCCCGAGAGGAGCCGGAAGGAGAAGGGGGAGAAGCACCACAGCGACUCAGAUGAGGAGAAGUCUCACCGGAGGCUGAAGCGGAAACGCAAGAAAGAGCGGGAGAAGGAGAAGAGGAGAGCCAAGAAAAGGAGGAAAUCCAAGCACAAACGCCACGCUUCUUCCAGCGAUGACUUCUCUGACUUCUCAGAUGACUCGGAUUUCAGCCCCAGUGAGAAGGGGCACCGCAAGUACAGAGAGUACAGCCCCCCCUACGCACCGGUGAGUGACUGCUGGUCAGGGGCCCCCGUGGGGCUCGGAGCCGGGGGUAAUGAAAUCACCCGUGUUUCCUGAGCGCUGGCUGUGUGCUGGGCAUUCUUACGUGGCACUUUACACGGAUUUUAAUUCUGCAAGAUUAGGUAUUGUUUUUAUCCCCGCUUUAUAGGUGAGGACACUGAGACUUCGAGAACUUAAGCCAGGUUGCACGGCUCUGAAGUAUAGGAGCUGGGCUUGAGCCCAGUCAGUGGCUGAUUGCCAUACUUCUCUAUGUCACCUUUUCUCGUGGCCUUUGCAGGGCUCGUCAUAUCCCCUGUCCCCAAGAAAGAUGAUGAUUUGUCCCUGUGAGAGCUGACUUUUCCACUGUUCAGCAGUGUCCUUUUGUGGAAAAUUGGCAAGAGAAUGAAACGGUUACGGGAGUAAAUCAUCUCGGAUGUUGUGGGGUCAGAAGUUAUAUACCACUGAACUUAAGCAUAAAUUUAAAUUAUUUGUCAGGUUUG